ACCCUCUCACACACUCUCUCUCCCUUUCUUUGCCGGCUGUCCACAUCUAUCUCCAGCACCAGUUCGACCAAGGAGGACACCUCACGCUGCUGUGAAUCACGCGACUUGUUCGUUUUACGAGGUGUCGAACAAGGCACUAGAAUCUCAUCAGCGUUGCAUUCGGAGUCUGGCAUCUUUUGGGCAAGACCUGCAUUUCGUUCACAAGGACUCAGACUCGCAAUCUGUUGGCGUCCACAUCCGUACGUGCACGUGCAAACCCCAUCCGAUCAAGACGUCUCGUCUGCACACAAUCCAGUGAAUAUUUGCUGCCCAGGUCCAGCCCGACAUCCCGCUCGGUGCACACAUACGCCGCCAAAAUGUCCCUUUCCAGCGUCCUCUCGGCCGUUCAAUCCAAUCCCAGUCCCAAAGUGCUGGCGGAUGCCAAGGCUCAAUUAGCAGUGCACAAUCUCCUUUGUCCUACUCCCGAUGCCAACUCGAAGGAUCUGGCUAUAGCGAGGGAUAUCUUGGAAGCUGGAGCUUUUGCUGCCAUCAGAGCGGGAGACCUGAAUGGCUUCGAUAGGUACAUUGGGCUGCUCAGGGUGUUCUGGGAUGACUACAGCUCCCUCCUGCCGCCUUCUGCUUCUCACGAACCUCUUUUGGGUCUCUCACUGCUGCGUCUUCUCUCUUCUAACUCCAUCGCAGCAUUCCACACUGCGCUCGAAACGCUUCCGCCAGAGUUGGUGGCCAAAUCAGAGUACAUUCAACAUCCCAUCGAUUUGGAAAGAUGGUUGAUGGAAGGCAGCUAUUCUAAAGUGUGGAGAGCUAGGCAACAAGCUCCUCAGAAGGAGUACGCAUUCUUUGUAGAGGGCUUGAUGGGCACUAUCAGACACGAGAUCGCCUCGUGCGAGGAGAAGGCGUACGACAGCUUGCCGCUCGCAGAUGCAGCCACGCUGCUCUUCUUCGACAAUAUGCACGAUGUCAGCUCGUUCGCCAACGAGAGAGGCUGGCAAAUCAAUCCUACCACGCAAACUGUGCAUUUCGUCAACAAGGCGAAUGCGCUCGCGAAUCAGGGAAGGGAUGCCAUUCCAAAGAAGGCGACGAUCAUCUCCAAUUUGCAAUUCGCAAAAGAGUUGGAGAGCAUCGUAUAG